AUGGACCGCGAACCUAGCUCGAUGAUGCCGCCGGGUCUCCCCGGGAGCACUGCACUCUCGCAUCAGCGACCGGAAGAAGAGGCGAGGCUCGGCAUGUCCAUCACCCUCGACGCCAUGUCUCGAGCGUCGUUCGGCGACAUGCGGUAUACAGGCGAUGGUCCCGCAGCAGGUCUGGCAGCGGGCGAGAUUGCCGAGACGAGUCUGGAAGCUCGCGUCAGGCCGAGGCAGGCAAGGAUCGCCGGCGUGGGUGUGUAUGAACCAAUAGAACCAGAACGUGCAAAGCUUGCUGCUCUUCUGCAUUGCGAAGCGGAUGAGGUGGAAGGUGUCACGCCAGGCGACGGGAUGGCGGGGACGAGCCAGGACCAACCGGCUACGCGGACUGCUCCACGAACCGGAGAGCAGAUGCCUUGUGCGUGA